AACUCAAGAACACAUUUUAUAAGGUCCUUAUAAUAAGGAGAAAGUGCAUGGUUUCUAGUCGGUGUGUUUUUGCCGUGACACCAUGCACCAUGCUUCGGUACCGCCAAAACAAGCCAUGUGACUGUCCUCAGUCAUCCCGCUCGGAGCCACGUUCUCAGUGUUUGUUUCGCCUGUGUUAAUGGAGGAAGGCAAAAAGAGAGAAGAGAUGCUGAGCCCCAAGCUGCUGACGCUGGUGCUGGUGGUCCGGCCCACCAGGGUUCUGUUGGGCCUGAAGAAGAGAGGGUUUGGGGAAGGAAAGUGGAAUGGCUUUGGAGGAAAGGUUCAACGUGGAGAGACGAUCGAGCAGGCAGCGAGGAGAGAGCUGCUUGAGGAAAGUGGUCUCACCGUGGAUGCUCUGGAGAAAGUGGGAAACAUCAAAUUUGAAUUUGUUGGAGAGACACAGCUGUUGGACGUCCAUGUUUUCAGAGCAGACAGUUACAAUGGCGACCCGACGGAAUCUGAAGAGAUGAGGCCGCAGUGGUUUGAUCGAGACAAGAUUCCCUUUAGUCAGAUGUGGGCUGACGACGUGCUUUGGUUCCCCUUGUUGCUCCAGCACAAAAAGUUUGUCGGCUACUUCAAGUUUCAGGGUCACGAUGUGAUUCUCAGUCACACGCUGGAGGAGGUGGAGGCGCUCUGAGACGAGUGGAUCGCAGCUGCGGAACUGGUUUUAGCUGCCACACAAAUGUGGAGUCACUGUAAUGUCGCAAUCCGGUUAUGUUCUAUUCUGAAUCACAUUCCUGCUAAACUUUUUUUUUUUAAGAUGCAUUCAUAUUCCUAACCUUUCAGACCAAAUUCAUUUGUUGCACAAUGUGUCCUUCAAAUAAACAAUGUUAAACGUAUUUGGUUGUGCAAUAAAUUUGAGGGUUUUUUUGAAUAACCCAAAAAUAAAAAUGAGAAAACAUCCAUAAUAAA